GACUUGAUCGGACCGAUGGGCACGCGUGGCACACCUUCUUUCCACACCUCCCGGCUGAAGCUGCUGCAGAAUCCUCAAACCAAUCAACCACCAUCCAUCACCGGAGAGCAGAGCAAGGAUCUGUGGACGAUCUGCCCGUCCACCAAAUCCCUUCAGCGCGCCGCCUCCCUCGCCCGCAACUCGCGAGGAUCUGCGGAUCUCACUCAGCGGCAGCAGCAAAAAGAGCGGAGAGAGCAGCCCGCCAUGGCCAUGGUCGCCUCCACCUCCAUCGCCUACCACAAGCCGCGUUUGUCGGUGGUGUGCAGGAAGAAGGACCGGGACAGGGAGCUGGAGCGGGAGAAGGAGCACAAGCACCCCUUCAAGGUCGUCGAGAUCACGCCGCCGCCGCGAUGCCUCGGCGUACGCUGCUUCCCCACGAACAUCCACUGCGGAGAGAGCGUGACGAUCGAAGGGCAGGCGUACACGGUGUCGGCGGUGACGCACCGGUACCAGCUGCGCAAGGGGCGGUACGAGCCGAGCGAGAAGCGCCUCGACGUUCUCUCCACCGGCAGAUACAUCCUCAACCUCUACCUCGACAGCCUCCUCGACAAGUCCUAGACUCCAUGCUCUACUCUUUUUUUUUUGAGGUUGCUGGAUGUGCAGACCGCACAGGUUGGGAUGGAUGUGCUCACUUUUUGGCACGACUCUAUGCUCUACUCUAUACUAAGUACAAAUUUAUUUAUUCUACUACUCCAGCAAAUUUAUUUA